AAAAGGAAUAGCCAGGCGACUGAGAGAGCUCAUGCAUGCCAGAUAUUGUGCUUUACAAAUAAUCGGGCCCACCACCAUCCAUCUAUACAUCCAUUCUUCCCAGAGAGUCUAAUCCUCGUCUUCCUCCUCGUCGUCGCCAUCUCUCUCUCUCUCUCUGCACAUAACUCGCUACCAUACUCACCUGGAAGAUCGGACGGUGGAGAAUGAGCGUGCCAGGGACCACACGGACACGCGUGGGAAAGUACGAGCUGGGGAAGACCCUGGGAGAAGGCAGCUUCGCUAAAGUGAAGUUCGCGCGCAAUGUCGAGACUGGCGAUAACGUUGCCAUCAAGGUGCUGGACAAAGAUCAGGUCCUCCGCCACCGGAUGGUUGAACAGAUAAAAAGAGAGAUUUCUACAAUGAAGUUGAUUAAGCAUCCGAAUGUCGUCAAGCUAUAUGAGGUCAUGGCAAGCAAGACGAAGAUUUAUAUUGUUCUUGAGUUUGUUGAUGGAGGAGAGCUCUUUGACAAAAUAGUCAACCAUGGGAGGCUCAAGGAGGAUGAAGCUCGGAGAUAUUUCCAGCAGCUUAUUAAUGCCGUGGAUUACUGUCACAGUAGAGGCGUGUAUCACAGAGAUUUGAAGCCUGAAAAUUUACUGCUGGAUUCCUUUGGAGUUCUUAAAGUUUCGGACUUUGGAUUGAGUGCAUUUUCACCACAAAUACGGGAGGAUGGUUUACUUCAUACUGCCUGUGGAACCCCAAAUUAUGUUGCUCCUGAGGUGCUCAAUGAUAAAGGUUAUGAUGGUACCACAGCUGAUAUAUGGUCUUGUGGGGUCAUUCUUUUUGUUCUUGUGGCUGGAUACUUGCCUUUUGAUGACUCAAACCUCAUGGCUUUAUAUAAGAAAAUCUAUAAGGCGGAUGUCACAUAUCCUUCAUGGUUUUCUUCUGGUGCAAAGAAAUUGCUUCAGCGUAUUCUUGACCCAAAUCCUCAUACUCGCAUAAAAAUUCAAGAAAUAUUAGAAAAUGAAUGGUUUCAGAAAGGAUAUAAGGUUCCUGAUUUUGAACACGGGGAUGAAGUGAACCUUGAUGAUGUUGAUGCCGUUUUUAACGACUCAAAGGAGCAUCUUGUUACUGAAAAGAAGGAGAAACCGGCAUCAAUGAAUGCCUUUGAGCUUAUUUCCAGGUCUGGGAGUUUUGAUCUCGGAAAUUUGUUUGAGAAGCAGAUGGGUCUUGUCAAGCGAGAAACCCGUUUUACUUCUCAGUGCCCUGCAAACGAAAUAAUGUCUAAAAUUGAGGAGGCAGCUAAGCCACUUGGUUUCAAUGUCCGCAAGCAAAACUACAAGAUGAAAUUGAAAGGUGACAAGACUGGAAGGAAAGGCCACCUGUCUGUAGCUACAGAGGUCUUUGAAGUAGCUCCUUCACUGCACAUGGUUGAGCUUCGUAAGACUGGAGGGGACACCUUAGAGUUUCACAAGUUCUACAAAAGCUUUUCAUCGGGGCUCAAAGACAUUGUCUGGAAACCUGAAGCAAACUCAUCGGACAGCCGGUCAUGACUGGAACUUUGUUGGUGGUAGAUCAAUCGGGUCUUAUUAGCCUCUCAUGGCCUGUCAUAGCACUUCAUUUUUCUCAUCCAGGCUACAUGGAUAGCACUUCAUUUUUCUCAUCCGGGCUACAUGGAUGGUGUCAGUCCUCGAGUACAAGGGGUGAAAAUAUCAGAAUGCCAUGCAAAAGAGAAUGCUUAAGAUUCUAGUCUAAGGGCAAGUAGUAAUUCUUUAGGCCUCUAUUGAGGUUUCUCGAUUGUAUGUUGAUUUUUUUUUUUUUUUUUUAAUUUUUGGGUUGUAAAACAGAUUAUGGUUCUUGAGACUGUUGAAGGCCUCCAUUUACCCAAAUAAAAGAAAUCAUUUCGUCAUUAUGCCAAUUUGGAUAAUUUAAUUUAGUCCAUGUGCAUUGGUUGAGUUUAGGAAGGUGCUGUGCUGCUGUGGUUCUUGCUGACAAUGCAUUUUCCUGAGCAUAUUGGUGUGAAUGUGAACUAGAAGUUUUUUUUU